AUGAUGGCACCUCAAAACGAACAGAGUUCUCUCAAACGUAGCAGGGUCAGCACAGAUAGCGAUUCACAAGAUCUAAAGAAGCCUCGACGCUCCGAGAGAAUUACAUCUAAGAAACAGUCGCAAGCGACCCCGGUCAACCAAACAUACCUGCCUACCCCAUUGACUGAACUAGAUUCGACUGCUACGGAUGUUCGGAAUGAAGUCACUGCUACUCCACCGGACAGUCCUAGCCAAGCUCUAUCGACUGUCGAACAACCCAAGGCGUGUCCAUCUCCUCCUGGUGACACUCAAGCUCUUUCACAAUUCGUUUAUCCACCCAGGGCAUUCGCCGAUGAAGUCGAGGAUGAAGCAGCAGAGGGAGUUUGGGGUUAUCUGAUUCCUCUUGAUGACAAAGUCCGAGAUGCGCUUGUGUUGAGAAAGCGCCAUAGCUGCGAUGCUCGCAAGAAUGGCGACUCAAAGACUCAGCCGAGCAAAGGAUCCCAGCACUCUCAAGACAAGAGUCUAAUCAGCAGACAAAGACCUAAUCAGCCUCCUGGGGGUUAUCUGGUCGGUCGUCAUCCAGAGUGCGACCUGGUUAUCAAUAUUCCCACAAUAUCCAAUCGGCAUUUCUUAAUAUUCAGCGAAAACAAGAACGGCGAUUCUGUCGCAAUUGUGGAAGAUCUGUCCAGCAAUGGCACCUUUGUUAAUGAUGCCAUUAUCGGGCGGAACAAGUAUCGCGAGCUUGAAGAUGGCGAUGAAAUCACCAUCCUGGAUGAAGCGCGAUUCGUUUUUCGAUACCCCCGGACGAGAGACACGAACGGUUUCCGCCAGCAGUAUCGGUUGCUUCAGCAGCUCGGAAAAGGUCAUUUUGCAACGGUUUAUUUAUGUGUAGAACGUGCGACUGGCACUCAAUAUGCCGUUAAGGUGUUUGAGAGGCGUCCUGGCGAUUCUCAGAAGUCUCAGACCGAGUCUUUGCAGCAAGAGAUUGGCCUCCUAAUGGGGGUCAAUCACCCGAAUCUUCUGUGCUUGAAGGACACCUUCGACGAAGCUGAUGGCGUUUAUCUUGUCCUCGAGCUUGCACCUGAGGGCGAGCUCUUUAAUCUGAUUGUUAGCAGACAAAAAUUUUCCGAAGAAGAAACCCGCCAUAUCUUCGUUCAGCUCUUUGAGGGUCUGAAAUACCUGCAUGAUCGUGGCAUCGUUCAUCGAGAUAUUAAACCCGAGAAUAUACUUGUAGCAGACAAGAAGCUGACUGUGAAACUUGGUGACUUUGGACUUGCCAAGAUCAUCGGGGAAGAUUCAUUCACCACAACUCUAUGCGGGACACCAAGUUAUGUCGCUCCAGAGAUCUUACAGGAGUCUCGUCGUCGAAGAUACACCAAGGCCGUGGACAUCUGGUCAUUGGGAGUCGUUCUAUACAUAUGCCUUUGCGGAUUUCCCCCUUUCUCAGAUGAGCUUUACACGCGUGAGAACCCCUUCACGUUGGCACAGCAGAUCAAGAUGGGCCGGUUUGAUUAUCCAUCACCGUAUUGGGAUUCUGUGGGCGACCCAGCUUUGGACCUGAUAGACAGGAUGCUUACAGUUGAUGUUGAGAAGAGAAUCACGGUGGAUGAAUGUCUGGAACAUCCUUGGCUUACCAGAAAACACAUGAGCGUUUCCGAUAGCACAGAUGGGCUGACGGGUGCGCUGGGAAAGCUCGACUUCUCAAAACGCAAAGUCGAGCGCGAGCGGACAUUGCUAAGCAGCGUCAAUGAUGCUCAUUUCAGCGAACACAACGAAGGACCUGGUGCUCCUGUGAAGGUCUUCCACAAGAAUAAUGCUGGCAAGCGCAUGCACAACCAGCCAGCCGAUACUAUCCAGCAAAAUGAGGUCUCGCCCGAUGAGAAUAGCGCUCCCAAAGAUUUCGUCAAUCUUGGAGAGCGCGGUGACCCGGUGUUGUUUGAGGAAGACCCAACAACUCAUUAUAAGUGA